CCACAAUCCCCUGUCUUCGACCGGUUUCAGAGAAGGAGUCAGCAAUUUAAUAUAAAAAGAAUAAUUUCGUAAUAAGUAAAGCUUGUCAUAACUUAAAACAUUUGAAUAGAUUACAGUUUUCGGUCAGGGAAUAUGUUUAGACGAAAACUUCUUGCAUUAGAAUAUCCUAGACCAGAAGAAUUCAAUAUUGAAGAUGGAAUGGAGUUCAGAAACCUGGUGGUAUGGUUGGAAGACCAGAAAAUCCGACACUUUAAAAUAGAAGAACGGGCUGGUCUAAGAGGCAUUAAUGAACCAACAUGGGAUAAUCAUCUGAAACAGUAUUUAACUGAACUGAAUUGUCCAUUUACUUAUGAAGAAAGUAUGAAGUCGUCUGUUAUCGAUUGGUUGCUAGGCUACGCGGUUAGACUUGAUUAUGGGGACAAUGUUGACAAAUAUAAAGCAAUUACACCAGCGGUUGUUCAACAAUCAAAUGGAAGCAAAGCUCUAAUUUCUGAUAAUCCUAUGGAUCGGUUAGAUUUCAAUGAUCCAGAUUUCAAAGCAGGAGUUACAUCCCUUUCUAUGUUGUUAAAAAUCCCACCUCAUUCUGAUCACCUUGUGAUGUUAAAAGCAAUUGGGUUAUUAAUUCAAGACCGAAUGUCCAGCUUACAGAACAAAAGUAGUGGAAGUACAAAGGACGAAUAUAUUCCAAUUGCUGAAACUGUGUUAGGUUUUGAAACCAAAGACUAUAUAAUCAACGAAGCGGCCAAAAUUAUACGAUUGUUACAUAUUAAAGAACUGAGAGAUCUACAGAAUAAUAUCAAUUCUGCCAUUGUUAGUGUUCAGGCAAUAACGGCUGACCCUAGGACUGACCAGAAACUGGGUAAAGUUGGCCGUGGAUGAAGAAAUUAAGUCCCUUUAAUAAAUUAAGUCCCUUUAAUAAAUUUAUAGUGCUAUUUCUUUGAACUUGUAUACCAUUUGAGGUAUUAGAGCUGCAUAUGCACUGUUAAACAAAGGGAAGAUAACUGCUUAUUUAAAUAUCACGUAGGGCCUAAUCCUACUCAUAAUAUACUUGAUGAAAUUAAUGUCAAUAAUUUAAUGUACAGUAAACUUUGCAUAAGUCGGAUCUUAGUUCAACUCUGAUAAAAUUGAUUGGACCCUUUGAUCCUGCACGUAAGUCGGAUUUCCGAAGUCAGAUCUUUGCUCAGCUCGGAUCAAAAUGUUCAGUCCAUUUGAUGUAAUUCUGACUUUUCCUUCGCCCAAGUUGGAUCGGUAGUAUGUUCAGAAUUUGACCAGGUCAGUUUCGUCCCGAUGGUCUAAAAUGCAGUUAGGUACAAUGUAUUCCAUGCACAGAGCCCCAAAAUACUUUUCUCUAUCAUUUUGACUCAAAUCGGCCGAAUUUGAUGCGAUUCAAUAAUAGAAUUUUCCUGGAAAAUUUGAAACUCACUGUCUGCUGUACGAGACACUUUACUGGAAAAAUUAGGACAUUUUUCAAAGUUGGCAACAAAACAGAAGUUAUCUACAUCCACCAAAACGAAGUUAUCUACUCGCACCAAAACGCAAGUUAUCUACUCGCACAUAAGAAUAAAAGCUUGAAAUCCGGCUCUUGCAGUUUAUUUCUAAUCGAGCUAAGAUUGAAUUUCGGUCUUCGCCUAACCCGAAUCUUUGUUUAACUCGGAUAAAAUUGAUCAGUCAAAUUAGAUCCGACUUAUGCCAAGUUAACUGUACUUGAGGGUGCUCAGCUAGAUAAAUUUAUAUACUUUAUAUCGUUCAAAGCCUACAUGUAUGUAUGUUCACCAAGCAAGACUUGACCAAAGAAUUAUACGGUAGUCCUACUCACAAGCGAGCCCUUGCUUAUUCAAUUAUCGAUCAUUGCACAACAAUAAAACCUUGCAACAAAAAGAAAUCUGUCCAGUAAAACACUUUUAUCCCAAACCACUGUUGUGGUUUUUCAACGUCACAUUGGUAUAGUUUGUAAUAUGACAUCAUCUGACAUCUAGCUCUCUUUAAAUUUGAGGACCCAAUUUAUUGCAAAACUAAUAGGAAUAAUAUUAUUUUUAUACGGUACUGUUUUUGCUUGGGAUUUCAUUUUAUGUCUUCGUAAAGUUGGACAUCAAUUAAAAAAAAUGGUGUUUGACCUUAAGAUAAAAAAAAGAUAUAUAAUAAAUUGAGAAGAAAAUGAUUGCAAUCAAUUAUUUUUAUAAUUUCGUUCUGCAUAAAAGCCUGUUCAAAAUUUGAUUUUGGUCUAUUUUCCAUGAGGGAACUCUACCCUUGGUAUUCUUCUUGUUCUUGUGUCUGACACAUGACUUGGUACCCUUCUUAUUCGUGGGAUUGUGACUCUCUCACCCCGCCAUGUCUUGAUAUUCUUCUUGUUCUUAAGGGUGACGCCCCCCCCCCCUUUUGUUAAUAAUCUUGUACUUGAAGGCAGCACAGCUUCUCCCCGCCUCUUGUUCUUUGGGGUGUCUCCCCACCCACCCUUAUUAACCUUGUUCUUGGGGAUGGCACUCUCCCUCAACCACUCUCUCCAAAAAAAAAAAUACUCGAUUGGUUCCUCGUUCAUAUAUUACGGCCAUACUUGUUUUGUUGGCUUUAUUUUAUUUAUACUAACUUAAUGGUAAUAUUAAUAUACAAUAAGUGAAUGAGCGGCCAGUUUGUUAAAAUAAAAGAUAAAAAUGUAUUCCUAAUAUUAUUUUUUCUCUUCCUCCAUUGAUCUGAUUUUAAUAUAGAUCUAAAUGUCUUUUGGUGGCCAGUAGAUGGAGCCAGGGUGGCAGGAGGGCCUGGCUUCGUGGAGGUCCUGGCUUCGCUACUGGUGUUGGCUGAGAAAGUUCAUCAGGACUUUCCUGCGUGUUUUUCCCUUGUCAGUGGUACAGGAUCUGGCCACGAACAGCACCUAGUCGUUCAGAUGGGACAAAAAAUGUAAAAGAACCCAAACCCAUGACAGGUCUGAUUGUAAUUAAACUGUCCAGAGACAUUUUUUUGCUGGAAGUUUGAGCCCCACAGCAUCCCAAAGAACAAUGCUGGCAUCAAGGCGAUGUCAAGUUCUCUGUGUUGCCUGGAAUUUGCCUAAGAGUAAGACAAGCCUGUAGUAAUGUUAUAAAUAUACAUGUCAGUAUCAUUAUAUACUGUUUAUUUUUACAUUAGCCUGUAUAGUAAAUGUCUUAUUGUUGUCAAUAAAACCGUACUUCACAUCUUGUAGUUUAUAGUGAUUCUCAACUAGUGUGCUCUGGUGUGCCGCGAGAUCCUCCUAUGGGGUGCCAAAAAAAUAAAAAAAACAGUGAUCCCAAUUGAGUAUUCUCUGGUGUCUACUGAUAAGUUCUUAACUGUGUUUUUUUAUUUAUUUAAAUGUUUUUAUUUUGAAAUAUUUAAAUAUUUUUAUAAACCCGUUCUUCACAUCCUCUAGUUUAUAGUGAUUACUGGUGUGCCGCGAAAUCCUCCUAUGUGUACCAAACUUAAGAAAAUGCACAAAAAAAACAGUGAUCCCAAUUGAGUAUUCACUGGUGUCUACUGCUGUGUUUUUUUUUAUUUAGUUUGAGUCAUUCUAUGAGUCUAGGACUAGUCUGUAUCUACAGUUGUAUGCCAUCUAUGACUCGCCAUGUUUUUAUUUUGAAAAAUUCAAAUAUUUUCAUAAAACCAUUGUUCACAUCUUGUAGUUUAUAGUGAUUCUCAACUAGUGUGCUCUGGUGUGCCGCGAUAUCCUCCUCUGUGUACCAAACUAAGAAAAUGCAAAAAAAAAAACAGUGAUCCCAAUUGAGUAUUCACUGGUGUCUACUGAUAAGUUCAUAGCUGUGUUAUUUUUUAUUUAGUUUGAGUCAUUCUAUGUGUCUAUGACUAGUCUGUGUCUACAGUUGUAUGCCGUCUAUGACUUGCCAUGUUUUUAUUUUGAAAAAUUCAAAUAUUUUCAUAAACCCUUUCUUCACAUCCUGUAGUUUAUAGUGAUUCUCAACUAGUGUGUUCUGGUGUGCCGCGAGAUCCUCCUAUGUGUACCAAACUUAAGAAAAAUGCAAAAAAAACCUAGUGAUCCCAAUUGAGUAUUCACUGGUGUCUACUGAUAAGUUCAUAGCUGUGGUUUUUUUUUUAUUUAGUUUGAGUCAUUCCAUGUGUCUAUGACUAGUCUCUUUCUACGGUUGUAUGCCGUCUGACUUACUAUGUUUUUAUUUUGCAAAAUUCAAAUAUUUUUCAUAUAUAUUUAGCCAGGUAUGCCGCUAUUUUUUUCAUGUGUUCCAAGGUGUGCCGUUGGCCAAAAAGGUUGAAGACCACUGCUGUAGUUUAUACCACUGUAUUUUUAAUAUAAAAAAUUGUCUUUAUCGUA